GCAAUUUGCAUUUCUUAGAAGAUCAAUUCUGCGUACAAAUAUCAAAGUACUCAUGGUCACAAGACCAAAAGGAACGAUUUUCAUCGCUCUAUUCUGCUAUAAUUUUGCAUUAAUGAAAAACUAACGUGUCCAAGACAAUAAUGUAAAGAAGAAAAUGUAAAAAACCCCCAUGUCUGAGUAUUAUUAUGGCUGAGGGUUAUGACCCAACUCGGUUUCGUUCAACUGUUGACGAGAGCUUCAUCUGCUGUAUCUGCCUUGGUGUUUUAAAAGAUCCUAUGCAAUGUGAGAAUAACGAACAUUAUUUUUGUUCCUGUUGUAUCAAGAAACACCUUGAGAAGACCUCGCAAAGUUGUCCAGUCUGUCAAAAUAAACUGACUGUUGAGACAUUACGAAAAGCUCCAAGAAUUGUCGCUGAUUGCGUUUCACGUUAUAAGAUCAAUUGUGAUAACAAAGAGAGAGGCUGUGACGCUGAACUUGAGCUCGGAGCGCUGAAGAAACACGUUGAGAACUGUGAGUUCGCACAAGUCUCCUGUUCCAACAAGGGAUGCAAUGAUGUGGUCAAUAAACGCGACGUCAAGAGACACGAGCUCGAGUUAUGUCGCUUCAAGGCAGCUACGUGUGUCGUCUGUGGCAAGAAGAUGCCUCGACACGAAUAUGAUGCGCAUGGCUGCGUAUUACGACGAGAUUUAAACGAAAUGAAGAAAGAUUUGGCGGACAUGAGAGCCACACAACAUGAAGUGCUGAAUGAGAUAAGACGAAUGACCGCUGCAAUGAAAAAUCUUGAAAAUUCAUGUCGAAAUGUAAACGAUGUUCUCAACACCAGGAACACUAAUAUUGUUGUUAUUGGUGGUGUGUGUCCUCAAUCUCAGUCUCUUUUUUCUGUUGAGCAAUUCAAUUUGUUUAACCAAACCUGGACUCCACUGGGUGAGUUGAAAAUCGGACGACAUUUAUCUGCAGCAGUACUUUUCGAGAACCAGAUAUUAGUUUGUGGUGGAUGUACCAGACACGUCUUAAAAGAUACUACAGAUACCAUAGAAGUAUUAGAUCUGAAAGGAAACGCCCCAGAAUGGAAGAAGUUUCCUGCCAAUAUGCCUAUAAAGGUGGCUGGUCACAAGUGCGUCGUUCAUGGCAAUAGCUUGCUGAUUAUUGGCGGUUUCACAGAUGAUGAAACAAAUCUGGAUACGAUCUACGAGCUGCUCCUUGUCCCACCUUAUUCGUCCAAGUUGCUUGGUCACAUGAGAAAGAAACGAGCUGGUCAUGGCGUGGAGUUAUUUGAUAAUAAAGUCCUAAUCGCUGGUGGAGUUAACAAUGAAGAAGUGGAAUCCAGCGUUGAAAUAUUCGACAUAACAAGAAACGAAUGUAUCGAAAUGCCACCAUUACCAUCUCCUGUUACUUUUAUGGCGACAGUUCGCCGCGGCGACAGCAUGCUUUUAAUCAGAGGACUGGACAAAACACGUAACGCCAGCAAAUUGUUCAUCGAGUACGAUGUCAAAACUGGUCAGAGUAAAGUUUUAUUAUCCAUGGAAUCGGAGGCAAUUGAUUGUUGCGCUGUUUGCCAUGAAAAUACGCUUUUUGUAAUUAGUCUUACAAAGGACGAUACGCAAUUCGUGAAUUCUUUCAACUUUCUAUCAAAUUCUUGGAAAUAAUUACCUUUACCAGCAGAGAAACGAGGUUUCGCUUUGGCAGUUCUUCUGGAGUAAGGAUUUUUUUACACAAUUCAGCUUGACAUUGACUAAUGAAAAAUACAUAUUGCCAUUAAGAAAUACGCCUUAAUGUAUUGAAAAGUGUAACAAGACAUUUUCCUAAUAAAAAUAAAC